UAUAAAGCACCAAGCCAAACCAAAACUCAAAAAGAGAAAGUCCCACUCAUCAUUCUCACCAGUCACUGUUCCUCCUCUGGUAAUUUAAUUUCAAAGUUUCAAACACAUACCAAUCAUACCUCCAUUGCAUAUAAAUACAGAUACAGUGAGCACAGUGUACUGCUCUCUCUAGUCUACUCUGCAAUGGCUUUUAAUGCGGUCCUCCACUUCUUUCACCAGCUUCUCUUUGUUUCUCUCUGUUUCUGAGUUUGUCUCUUUGUUUGACGAGUUCAGAUUCUUCAUUGGUCCCAAAGAUUCCAGCUUUUUCACCGUUCUUCGAUCCCCAUUUCAAAAACCCACAACAUCUUGUGCUGUUCUCGCUGUAAUCUCUACUGGGUUUAGUACGGUUUAGGUGAAAACCCAGAAAGGUAGAAGCUUUCAACAAUGGAGGGUAGGAUGAAAAAGUAUAGACAAGUGAGUCCUGAGAGGGCUAAAGUGUGGACUGAGAAGUCGCCGAAAUACCACCAGAAUCGGAAAGUUCCGGUGGUUUAUUACCUCUGCCGGAACCGACAGCUUGAACACCCUCAUUUCAUGGAGGUUCCUGUAAGCUCUUCUCAAGGUCUCUACCUCAGAGAUGUGAUUAAUAAGCUUAAUGCUCUGAGGGGCAGAGGGAUAGCAUCCAUGUAUUCAUGGUCUUCUAAGAGAAGCUAUAAGAAUGGGUAUGUUUGGCAUGAUCUCAGUGAAGAUGAUGUGAUUCUUCCAGCCCAUGGAGACGAGUACGUCCUCAAAGGUUCUGAGAUCUUUGAUGAAUCCAAUUCAGAUCGAUUGAGUCCGAUAGCAAAUGUCAAAAUCCAGAACUUGAAACAAUUACCGGAACCAACAUCUUCUAGAAGCCAAGAUGAUUCUUCAUCGUCUUCCAGUUUGAAUGGAAAGGAGACAAAGCAGUCCCAUGAAGAUGAGCUCUCUCCUCCAGUUGAACGACCAGGAGGCUCUUCCAGUGUGUCUUCAGAGUCUGGAAAGAAUUCUUCUUGGGGUGGUUCUCUGAGCUUGACAGAGUACAAGGUUUACAAGAGUGAUGGUUUAGCUGAUGCUUCUACACAGACUGAAGAAAAUGCGAACAAACUUAAAGCUCUAGAAACAUGUACAAGGGGUGUUUCCACAGAUGAUGGGUCACUAGAACCUGAUUGCAGUUAUUACCAAGACCGAAUUCCAUGUUUGAAAGAGAAUUCUGAGAUUUGCAGUGAUUCUGUUUCCCCUCCUCCAUCUUCCUCAAGUGCAUCUUCAUCGGGUGGGAAGACUGAAACUUUAGAAUCACUUAUUAGGGCUGAUGUUAGUAAAAUUAACAGUUUUAGAAUUCUUGAAGAGGAAGAGCUUCGAAUGCCAAACAAUGCAAGGCUCAAGGCUAGUAAUGUACUUAUGCAACUCAUUUCAUGUGGGUCAAUAUCAGUGAAGGAUCAUAGUUUUGGUCUUGUUCCAACCUACAAGCCCAGGUUUUCCCAUUCUAAGUUUCCCUCGCCAUUAUUUUCUAGUUCAAUAAUGCUGGGUGAGCUAGACAGCCUGUCAGAGAAUCCAAGGCUAAAAGGUUUGAGAUUGGAAGAUAAAGAAUAUUUCAGUGGGAGCUUGAUUGAUAGUAAAGUGCUCAAGGAGGAAGAUGGACAUACAGCUCUAAAGCGAUCGUCUUCAUACAAUGCCGACAGGAGUUGUAAUAAGACGCCAGAUUCAGUUGAGGUCAAAGAGAAGGAGUCUACCUCAGGACGCUCAAAAUGCAUCCUAAGAUCGAUCAAGGCUUCACUAAACAAGCAAUCACGGAGUGAAUCUAUGAGAUCUCCUAUUUCUGAUAAACCAAGGAACUCCUCAGAUGGAGUUGAUGGUGUAGAUGGUGUACAAAGCAAUACCCCUACUGUAUCCGAUGGAGGUAGUAAAAGAAUCACAAAUCCAUCCUCUGUUAAAAAGCAAUCGAAAAGGGUAGAUGCUUUCAGAGGAGAGAAGGAGAAGGUUAUCAAAAUCGAAGAAAGGCUUGCUUCAGGAGCUCGGGUUGUAAUCCAAUCAAGAGCACCUCGUGAUGCUGCUGCCGUUGGCAGCUCAUGGUUGUAGACCCCCCCAUUGGUUUUUUUUUCAGGUUGUUUGAAUUUCAAAAUUAUGUUAACCUUUUGGCGAGGAAGGUGAAAAGAAAUUUUUUUGUACAUCUGAAAAGUGAAAAGAAAGGAGCAAAUCACUUAUUUGCAAAGGGUUAAUUGUGGUCCUGGCGGACCUACUCCUGAGACAUGGAGUUGGUUUUUUGCAUCUGGUUGCUCCAUGGUUUUCCCUUUUAUGAAACUGGAGUUGCAAUAUCUUCCUUUCAUUGUCAUUCUUUUUGUUUCAGAAUACUUCCUCUAGGGCAGUUCCUCUUGCAGCCAUGGUGGUGUUGCCAUUAUUAUUUUUUUGAGGAAAAUCCUUUUGGUUUUGGUGUUGGGAAAAUUGGGCAUAUCAUAGGAUUCCCAUGUUGUAAAGUGAUUGACCCUCAAAUCCAAAAGGUACUUUUGACUCAUUUAUCAAAGAAAAAGGUCAAA